UACAGAAAUGGCCAUUUCUCUGCGGAAGAGCUUACUUCGGACUACGAAGGCGAGGAUACUACAACAGAGAAGGACGUUACUGUAUGAUAGUGCUCAUGGCUAUGAGGAAGAAUUGAUAAAGAAGAAACUUCAGCAGUUUUCUGGUGGAUCCAUCAACCUUUCCAAAGAAGACAAUGGCAUUGGAAUACUUGCUUUGAACAACCCAAAGCUAAUGAAUGCCUUUACAGGCACUAUGAUGCUAGAACUCCAGGAGAGGGUAACUGAACUGGAAAACUGGAAAGAUGGCAAAGGCCUUAUCAUCUAUGGUGCAGGGAACACCUUUUGCUCAGGAUCUGAUUUGAAUGCUGUCAAAGCAAUAUGCAACUCCCAGGAUGGGAUGAAUAUGUGCAUGUUUAUGCAAAAUACCUUAACCAGACUUAUGAGAUUGCCUUUGAUCAGCGUGGCACUAGUCCAAGGAAAAGCUGUUGGAGGAGGAGCAGAACUUACCACGGCAUGUGAUUUCAGGUUGAUGACACCAGGGAGUGAAAUUCGAUUUGUCCACAAGCACAUGGGUCUGGUGCCAGGCUGGGGAGGAGCUGCCCGGCUGGUGCGGAUCGUCGGCAGCGGGGCUGCCCUCCGGCUGCUGAGCGGGGCUGCCAGGGUGGACCCCGAGAGAGCUUUGUGCCUUGGGCUCUCAGAAGAGACAUUGUCAUCUUCAGAGGAAACUGCAGCCUUAGAAGAAGCCCGAGCCUGGCUGAGUCAGUAUACAGAGGGUCCUGCCAGUGUGAUUCGGGCUGUGAAAAAGGUGGUGACAGCAGGAAGAGAGCUACCAGUGGAAGCUGCCCUGAGGACAGAGAAGGACGUUUUUGGAACUGUAUGGGGUGGGCCUGCCAAUUUGCAGGCAUUGGUUAGAAGACCAAAGCAUAAAUGACAGUCAACAUAUAAGAAAUGUUCUUGACCUUUUUGCAAACAAAGCUUUCACUAAAGCAGGCAUUAAACUAAAUCAUUUAAGGACUUGUUCAUCUAAACUGGCAUUAACAUUCCUGUUGUUCAUGUUGGCAGACAUAUUUAGUGUACAACCACAGAGAAAUACCCAGCAGACUCUUUACUGUCCUAAUCACCACUGAAUGGAGAUUAGAGAAAUUAGUAUGUAAAGGUAAAUACUGUGCUGAGAAUAGAACUAUAAUUCUUUUGGAAUUAGGCUGAAGAUUAUUUUCUUUUGAGUUUUUUAACUGGUAUGGUAAGGAAUUGCUUGA